AUGGCACUGGAUUUUGCAGCAACCUACAAAGUGCUGGUACUGGGUGAUUCUAACGUCGGCAAGACGUGCAUUGUUCAUCGAUACUGCGAUGAACGAUAUUAUGAUACAUACAUCUCAACUAUCGGUAUCGACUUCAAACAAAAACUCAUAAACCUAGACGGCGUACCGAUUAAGCUGCAAAUCUGGGACACUGCCGGUCAGGAACGGUUUCGAACGUUGACCACUGCCUAUUACCGUGGUGCCAUGGGUAUCCUGCUGAUGUACGACGUCACAAGUCUAGAGUCGUUUAACAAUUUAUCCUACUGGCUACGGAACAUUCAGGAGAACGCAUCGCCAGACGUGGUUAAGGUACUGGCGGGCAACAAGUGCGAGUGCAAUCCACCCCAGCGAGCGGUGGAUAAAGAGCGGGGAGAGAAGAUCGCCGAAAACUUCGAUAUGCCAUUCUUCGAGGUAUCUUGCAAGCAGAACAUUAACAUUGAGGAAUCUUUUCUAACAUUGGCCCGCAAAAUCCGUGAACAGCGAGAACAUCGAGGCGAAAAUUUCGACGAUGGCGAUCGCCAGAAGGGUUUACAGGACAUGAUCAAAAAUGGUCCCGGGUCGAACGGUCUUGGACCGUUCACGUUAGGAAGCGGUGGCGAGGGUGGUAGGUGUUCUUGCUAG